GUAGGUCUGGACGCCUAGCAUGAAGCAGCCUUUCCUUCCCUUGAGUCUUUGAGCUUGAUGCACAGUGGAAAACUGCGAAAUCGUCAUCAGAUUUUAUGUAGCUAAACCGAUUUUCCGAUGGAGAAGACAAUGUAAAGAACGGUGUUGAUCGUGCAGAGUACACGGCCAGCAGCGAGUAAUUUUUGCGAGAAGUACGGAAAUGGCGCUGGGAAGAAGCCGAAUCAGUUUCAGACAACUACUUGCGGCAGUUGGUAUAUGCUCCUUCUCUGGAACUACUGAAGCCGCUUCUAAUGCUGCCAUCAUUGAGUUGCAUCCUUUCCAGGUGGACGGUUUGGUAAUCUUUUUGAUGAUGUUCCAGAACAAUGGCGCAUGUAUGCAGACUUCAUUGGCAGUGCAGACAGCACCUUUGAUCUUGCUACUCCAUGCAUCCUAUCUAUUUUCUACCAAUGGCUUCCCUUGGCAAUCUUACGAAGAUAAAUCUGAAGCUUCUAGCUCGUGUCAUAGCAAGGGCUCGCAUAAGGGGACCAUAUAGCAGUGUAGAUAUUAUGCGAAGAAAGAAUGAUGCAUAUUUUUCUAGACGUUGAAGAGGUGAGUAAGGGGCUAAUAUCUUCUCAACACUGUUGAACUUGAAAUUCAAUCUCAAUUGCUCUUUUUAGUGGGGAGGAAUUGUUUUCGUAUACUGGACUUAAGGAAAAAAAGUCCCUUAUCUGCCUUGCUUAUCUGCCUUGUUGUGAGGGAAUCAAGUGAUUCUCUUUUUUUUUUUUUUUCGCUUUGUUUGGGGGAAAAAGAAAAAGAGAGGAACCACCGUCCAAUGGUGCUUUUACGAAAGAGCUCAACUAAUAGGACCUUUUUCUAGAUGUUGAAGAGAUGAGUAAGGGGCUAAUACCUUCCGUGUCGGAGCAAACUCUCUAAAUUUAUGACCAACCCUUCCUUUAGUGAUCUUACAACGAACAUAAGUUUUUUCCAUUGUAAAUUCGUACAGAGCAAUCAACGAAUUUCAGCACAAACUUUGAAUUUUUGCAUGAAAUCCCCACUAUUUUUUAUUCAACCGCUACAACAUAGUGGCUGAAUCAACCUGUUAGAUUCUUGUAGGUUCUCCUUUUUGUUGUCUCAUUUUUUCCUUCCACCGUUGAGUCAUUUAAUAUAGAUUCUAUAGCUCGGAGGAUGUUAAAAUUUAAUUAGCAUAGUUCAAAACUUGAAAUUCAUAACAACUAUGUCUAAGUUUCCUUAAAACCAUUAGUAAGAAAUUCUUUUAAUACAAUUUUAUAAUUUUUUGAAAUAUCAAGUAACGUUUUAAAAUUAGAUAUUUAUCAGAGCCUCAAAAUUGAAAUUUCAAGUUUAAUAUUUCUGUACAUUAAUGUCAAAAAUAUAUUUUUAUCAGAGAUCUGCAAAGUUGCAAGCAUAUUAAUGAACGAAUGACUCAAUAGCUACUUAUCUUUCAUGUCCAUUAGAGUAACGUGCGGUAAACUUUUUAUGUAGAAACGCCUCAAGGAUGUAAAAAAGGGAAUUCUCCAACCCAUACAUUUAUUUUACUAUUGUUGUCAUAAUCUUCGACUUUAGACAGACCAUUACCUUUCACGGAUGCUUCAGAGGAUCUCUCUAAAAGUUCUAAAAAAAAAAAAGGGUAUUUCUCUAACUGCAAAAAGGCAAGAGAGUAAGAGACAAACUCGAUUUACAGCUUCCAAAAGACGGAUUUGAUAAUUUUAAAUAUUCGGUUGGUUAUCAGAAGGCCAGAAUAGCCAAAGAUUUUAUCAAAUUAUGACAACGGCGAUGCGAGUGGAGCAGACCAUUUAAACAGUAAUAUUGCGGAAGUGCCAUACAACACUUUAUCAUUUGCACAUAAAUACAAAAGAACAGAAAGCACGCAAGUACUGAAGAUAUGAACAUACAUGAGCUACUCCCUCCCUCUAGCAGCUGGGUUGGCUAUUGCAAAUGUUAGAAAGUUGCUUCUAAUUUAAUCAUCCUCUUCAUCAUCUUCGUCGUCGUCGUCCUCCUCAUCGUCUUCGUGAUGUUCCUGCAAAGAGUUGAGUAUUGAACAUGUGUUGAUAGAGAAGCGAAUGACUAUUCAUAGUAUGCAACAAGCUAAGUAGGUAGAACAUAACUUUGUUACUCUCAACUUCAAACAAUCAGCAGGCUUAUAAAAUGAAAUAUGCGCACAUGAAACAGCAGAUACGAUCUGAAUUUGCAUAAUAUGAACUGAAAUAGACAUGUACAAGCAUUGAAGCA